CAAAAGACUCCGGAGGAUCGGCGGCGGGUAGGAGCGGGGAUCCGGGCGCGGGAUCAGUCAACACCGAGGCCCGGCCUGAGGAGCGGCCCCCGGCUGCGGGGAGAAUCGGUGCGGUCCCCGGGGACACGGUGGCCCGUCACCUGGGGACGUUAGUGACGUUGCUGGCGGCGGCUGGCCCUGGUGGCGCAUGCGCAUCGGCUGCACGAUGACGAACAAGCAGUGGAUUUGUGAAAGGGAAUCUCAAACUGGUUCAGUUCAUCAGUACCUGAAUGCGAUUCACUCAACCUUCUCACCUGAUGGCCCACCAGCAAGUUCUCGCUGUGGAGAAACCAUUUGUCUGUCCCGAUUGUGGGAAAGGAUUCACUCAAGCAAGCAACCUGAAGAGGCACCAGCAUAUUCACACCGGGGCGAGGCCGUUCAUCUGUUCUGAGUGCGGGAAGGGAUUCACUCGUAUGUCCAAUAUGAUAACACAUAUGAGAGUUCACACUGGGGAGAGGCCGUUCACUUGUUCCGAGUGUGGGCAAGGAUUCACUCAGUUAGCCAACAUGAUAACCCACCAGCGAGUCCACACUGGGGAGAGGCCGUUCACCUGCGCUGUGUGUGGGCAAGGAUUCACUCAAUCUCCCCACCUGGUGACACAUCAACGGAUUCACACUCAGGAGAAGCCAUUUGCCUGUCCUGAUUGUGGGAAAGACUUCUCCCGUGCAUGCCAGUUGAAGAGGCACCAGCAAGUCCACACCGGAGAGAGGCCGUUCAUCUGUUCUGAUUGCGGGAAGGGAUUCAUUCAAUCAUCUGACCUACUGAGACACCAGCAGGUUCACACUGGGAAGAGGCCGUUCGCCUGUUCUGAGUGUGGGAAGGAAUUCACUCGUUUGUUCAACAUGAUUAUGCACCAGAGAAUUCACACCGGGGAGAGACUGUUCAUCUGUUCUCAAUGUGGGAAGGGAUUCACACAAUUUUCCCACCUGGUGACCCACCAGCAGGUUCACGCUAUGGAGAAAUCAGAGGCCUCUCCCAACUGUGGGUAGGAGGGUAGGCCUCACUUGUACAUUUUAACCUGCCGACCAAUGAGAGAUUUCACACAGGGGAGAGGGCAUUCACCUGGUUAGUGUGUGGGAAUUGACUGAAUUAUCUGAACAAUCAACACAUCAGCACAAGGUCACUGGGCACAGUUGGGGUUCGUUCAAACCAUUAUCUUUCAGUUGUUAAAAAGAUCUUUAUUUUAUGUCCUAUGGGAAGAAAGACGUUGAAAGUUUACAUACAAGGAAUUUGCCUUGGUGCUUUGCUCGCAAAAGGAUAAAACACGAUACACAGUCAAUUAAAAAUAAAACAUUAUAAUUGAAACGUGAAAAUAAAGUACCAGAG